AAUGGAAGUUUCAAAUGAAACAACGAAGAGUGUACCUAUCUUGGAGUUGAGGUUGGGUAUGCAAAAGAAAGUAUUGUAAGCAAAGCCAAAUCGAUCCGCUCAUUAUUGUUGUAAUUAGACAAAGUGGCAUUCCCAUGAUCAAUGUUAGGGAGAUUGCUCUUAAACAAGAUUGACAUGUUUGUCUAACCUGUUAAUUUGUUCAUUCAUUUCUUCCCAACUCAAUUUCAUAAGUUUCAAUUUUCAUGUAUUGAUACAAAAGAUUAUCGAACGUUCUGUUGAAACAUACAAACAUCCUUCAUGCAUUUGAAGUCUUUAAUUUGCAUAUUGUGAACCGGUGGAUUGAAUUAAGGGGUUGUGACCUUAUUGAGGAUCAGAUAUGUACCUCAUUAACUCAGAUUGUUAAAUCAUGAAAGGGGGAGGGCUAUACAAAAAGGUAUAGCCCAUCAUUGCAUGUAUAUGCAAUGGGGGUGCUUGUUCUUCUUGUUGUUUCUUUUUUCUUAGUUUGGUUUUAGCAUUUUAACCUAGCAUCUUGUCACGGCACGCGAGUUCAGGGGUCGAAAUCAUGAGCAUCGUGGCACGGAGCUGCAGCCACGAGCACACAGGGGGUGUGUCCAGCGUCCAGGGGACAUGCCAAACAGCGUUGAGAAGUGCAAGCGCAGACAAAGGGUCAGGCGCGAGCAUGGGCGCAAGUGGAAGCGCGAUCGGAAGCGUGGACGCGGGCAUGCGGGAUGCGGGUGUCGGUGUCGCGACACGGAGUUGCAGCUACGACGCAUACGAGGACGCAAGCGCAAGGUGGAUCGCGCAAGACGCAGCAGGCCUUGCCAGCGGAGGCGUCGAUAUCGGGGCCGAGGCUGCCAGAACACUGGUCUUGAAGGGGAUAAGGAUCAGAACAGUGCUCUGGAUGAGGACGCGUGAACAGUACCAGACAAGGGGUCUGGGAAGGGGCUUAAUGGGUCAAGCCCAACCUGGGGUUUCUCCUGGGCCUUGUAGAUAAUUCUAGAAUAGGGGAUUCUAGAAUAAUGUAGGCUUAGGAGGGAGAAUGGAGGGUAUUCCAGUAAUUGUACAAAUGAAGGGAUUUGUGUGGGGUGUUCUAGAGCCUUCAUUUGCAGAAGCUCUUGGGCUGGACUCUUCUAUAAAUAGGGGUGGCCUUUGUAGAAGAGGUUCCAGAUGGAGUCUGGAGUGAGCCAGAGAUAGAGAGUGAGCUGCUAGGUGAGAGUGAGUGCAGAGAGGGGCUUUGUACUCAUGCUCUUGUACACUCCCUUGCAAUUUAAUAAAUUCUCUUCUUCUCCCAACUCCCUACCUUCUUGUUUCUGUUGCUAACCUCAAGCCCAGUUAAGGGGCCACGCCAGUGUUGGGAAGGCUGACUUGGUUCGGGUUUAACGGGGUUAAUUCCGAGCUAAGUGCCGCACGAGGUCGAGCUAGA